UUAUCGUUACGACAAAUCCAGCUACGACGAAAUCCCAUAGCUUCUGUCGGUUACUCGGCUGUCAGAUCUCGACUAACUAUCUCCGAUCACUCUCGCUGCCUUCGAUAAUUCGAAGCGCUGUCGUUGCGAAGUCAAGGAUCGGAGACGGAGCAAAAGAGCACGCCAUGGACGCUCUGAGAAAACAAGCCAGUAAGCUCAGAGAACAAGUCGCAAAACAACAACAGGCUGUGAUAAAGCAGUUUGGUGGAACUGGCUAUGAUAGCUCAGAUGUAAUGGUCAUCGAUGAGGUCGAGAUGCACAGACAUCAACAGCUAGACAAACUGUACAAAUCCACUCGCUCUGGAAGGGAUUUCCAAAAAGAAAUUGUCAAAGCAGCGGAAGCAUUAACUGCCAUAGGGUAUAAGCAUAUUGAAACAGGAACCAAGUUGUCUGAGGAUUGCUGCAGAUAUGGAGCUGAGAACAUAAAUGAUAAUGUUUUAGCGAAGGCUGCAUCUAUAUAUGGAGAUGCUCGUAAUCAUGUGGAAAAGGAGCAGGAGGACUUUAAUAAACUGUUAUCUUCACAGGUUUUAGAUCCCUUGAGAGCAAUGAUCAUCGGCACUCCUUUGGAAGAUGCUCGUCAUCUCGCUCAACGUUAUAGUCGAAUGAGACAGGAAGCAGAGGCACAGGCAGUAGAAGUUUCCAGAAGACAAGCACGAGUAAGGGAAUCUCCAAUUCCUGAAAAUGUUGCAAAACUGCAUGCAGCAGAAGCAAAGAUGCACGAACUAAAAGCGAACAUGGCUGUACUGGGUAAAGAAGCUUCAGCUGCAUUGGCAGCUGUUGAAGCACAGCAGCAAAGACUGACUUUUCAGAGGCUUGUUUCAAUGGUUGAAGGAGAAAAGAAUUAUCAUCUGAGAAUAGCUGCUAUUCUUGGUGAGGUUGAAGCUGAGAUGGUCUCAGAGAAACAGCGGAAAGAAUCUGCCCCCCCUCUGAUUAUGUCAGAUAUCUGCUCAGAUAAAACAACGUACUUCUUGGCCGAAGCGACGCAUCCUUUUAGUGCUGAAUCUGAGAAGGAACUGAGCUUGUCGAUGGGUGACUACGUUGUCGUGCGGAAGGUGAGCCCAUCAGGAUGGUCAGAAGGAGAAUGCAGAGGUAAAGCAGGGUGGUUUCCAUCAGGAUAUGUGGCAAAGCGCCAAAGGAUUCCUACGAGUAAUGAGGAUGGUGAAGUUUACUAAGUGGUACCCAAGUAUUCAGCUGCUUAGUUUGUUGUUCCUCCAAUUUGAAAAAAGAAGCAACGUUUUAUCCAUAUAAUAGUAAAAAAGAAAAGAAAAAGAACACUGUUGCUAGGUUCUAUGCUGUAGGGUUUUUUCAAAUUAUGUUAUUUCUUUUUCUUAUGCCUUCUGUUGUGAAGGCACAAUGCUA